ACAGGCUCCAUCAGCAACAUCGACGACGGCGAGUACCAGUGUCCGGACGGUACGAGUCCUCAGGUGCGCAACCAGGUGAACCAGGUGAUCUCCGGAGUGGUCGGCGCCGCGUCCAGCGUCACCUCCAUCCAGGUGGCCAACCUGCUGCGCCUCUUCAAAAUACCGCAGGUCUCAUUCUUUUCCACCUCGCCGGAGCUGAGCAGCAAGCAGCGGUUCGAGUACUUCUCUCGGACGAUUCCCUCUGACGAGUACCAGGUGCGGGCGAUGAUGGAGAUCGUGAAGCGACUCAACUGGACGUACGUCUCGAUCAUCUACGAGGAAUCCAACUACGGCCUCAAGGCUUUCGAGGCGCUGGAAGGCCUAUUGGCCAGCAACAACAUCUGCAUAGCGGUGAAGGAGAAACUGAAAAAAGACUCGGGGGUGGCCAAGGAGGCGGCCUAUGACAUCAUCGUGAAGAAGUUGCUUCAAAAGGAGAGCGCCAGAGGUGUGAUCAUAUUCGGCUCAGAUCAGGAGGUAGCCGGCGUUAUGCGCGCCGUCCGCCGUAUGAACGCAACAGGCCUGUUCUCGUGGAUCGGCUCCGACGGCUGGUCGGCGCGAUCACUCGUCUCCGAUGGCAACGAGCCCGAGGUUGAGGGCACCCUCUCCGUGCAGCCGCAGGCCAACCCCAUUCAUGGCUUUGAGGAGUACUUCCUCAACCUGACCGUGCAGAACAACAAGAGGAACCCGUGGUUUACAGAGUACUGGGAGCACAAGUUCGAGUGUAAGUUUCCUGACUCGCCAUCGACCAUCUACAACGAGCUGUACACGCGCAACUGUACUGGGCACGAGCCGGUUACCAGGAACAACACUCAGUUCGAGGCCCAGCUGCAGUUCGUCAGCGAUGCCGUCAUGGCGUUCGCACAUGCCUUCAAGGAUAUGCACCAGCGCAAGUGCGGCAACAUCACAGGUCUCUGCAAUGAAAUGAUUCCGGUAAACGGACCUGAACUGCUCGGAUACCUCAGGAACGUAACGUUUGUAGGUUUGAGCGGCGACCAGUUCAAGUUUGACGAACAGGGCGACGGCCCCGCCCGGUACCGCAUCAUCCACUUCAAACAGGUAUCACCGGGCCAGUACCGCUGGGAGCUGGUCGGAGAGUACAACGGCGAUCACCUGAUGCUCAACAUGUCCAAGAUUCAGUUCAAGAUGGGCGCCCCGGCUCCACCUAGCUCAGUCUGCAGUCUGCCCUGCCAGGACGGCCAGGCCAGGCGCUUCUUGGACGUCAACUGCUGCUGGCACUGCUACAAUUGUUCUACAUAUCAGAUCGUCAACCCUGACGACGACACGGCGUGCAUCACCUGCCGGCGUGGCACUCUCCCCGACCCCACGCACAUGGAGUGCGUGCCUCUGCCCGAGGAGUACCUGCGCUUCGACUCGUCCUGGGCCAUCGGCGCCAUGUCGUUCGCCGCCGUGGGCAUCAUCAUCACCUGCCUGGUGAUCGGCACGUUCAUCCGCUACGUGGACACGCCGGUGGUGCGCGCCUCGGGCCGCGAGCUCAGCUUCGUCCUCCUCUACGGCAUCCUGCUCUGCUACUCGAUGACUUUUGUACUGGUGCUGAGGCCCAGCGACGUGGUGUGCGGCAUCCAGCAGUUCGGCAUCGGCUUCUGCUUCAGCGUUGUCUACAGCGCGCUGCUGACCAAGACCAACCGGAUAGCGCGCAUCUUCAACGCCGGGAAGAAGUCGGCGGCGCGGCCGCACUUCAUCACGCCGGCGUCCCAGCUGGUUAUCUGCUCGCUGCUCAUAUUUGUGCAGCUGGUGGUGUCUUUCGCGUGGAUGUGGACCACGCCUCCCGAGGCCAUGUUCCACCACCCGACGCCGGAGGACAACCUGCUGGUCUGCAAGGCCUCCAUCAACGCCUCCUACAUGGUGGGCUUCGCCUACCCGAUCCUGCUCAUUAUCGUCUGCACUGUGUACGCCGUGCUGACGCGCAAGAUCCCCGAGGCCUUCAACGAGUCCAAGUACAUCGGCUUCACCAUGUACACGACAUGUGUCAUCUGGCUGGCCUUUGUGCCCAUCUACUUCUCGACGGCUAACCACGUGGCGCUGCGCAUCACCACCAUGUGCAUCUCCAUCAGCCUGAGCGCCACCAUCGCCAUCACGUGUCUCUUCACGCCCAAGCUGUACAUCAUCCUGCUGCGUCCCGAGCGGAACGUGCGGCAGUCGAUGAUGUCGCAGAAGUACAGCCAGUACAGCCAGAUCAGGAACAACAUCAGCCUGUCGUCGCAGCCGCGCGUCGACUCGGGCACACAGAGUGACG